AUGCGACCUACGGGCAGGCGGAGGUGCAUGGGCAGAGGGGAUCGCGUGGGCAGGGAAAAGCACCUGGCUGCCCUCCGCCUCUCACCCCCUCCGCAUCUCACCCCCUCACCCGCUCCGCAUCUCACCCCCUCUGCCUCUCUCCGCAUCUCACCGCCUCCGCAUCUCACCCCCUCCGCAUCUCACCCCCUCCGCAUCUCACCCCCUCCGCAUCUCACCCCCUCUGCCUCUCUCCGCAUCUCACCGCCUCCGCAUCUCACCCCCUCCGCAUCUCACCCCCUCCGCAUCUCACCCCCUCCGCAUCUCACCCCCUCCGCCUCUCACCCCCUCUGUAUCUCUCCCCCUCCGCAUCUCUCCCCCUCCGCAUCUCACACCCUCCGCAUCUCACCCCCUCCGUAUCUCUCCCCCUCACGCACUUGUCCUCUCACUUACCUCCACCUCUAUCUCACCUGGCCUCUCACUCGCCUCUUCAUCCCACUCACCUCCACCACUCACCUACCGCUGCCUCCCACUCCCCUCCGUCCCCUCAUAACCCCCCCCCAUCCUACUCAGCAACCUCUUGUGUUUGCAGCAUUUCGAAAUGCAGCCGUUCAGCUGGCAACCCGCCAUUCCUCCCACCGCCCGUCGGCGGCGCAAAGGGCGGCGUCUCCCAUUGCGACCCUGAGAGAGACCUUCACCCUGCCCUUGUCGCUGCAACUGCCGGAAUCUCUUCCCCAGCUACCGCCCCUCCCGCAGCUACCCCCCCUGCCGCAGUUACCGCCCUUCCCGCACUUACCGCCCCUUCCGCAGUUACCGCCGCUCCCGCCGCUUCAUCUACCGCAUCUUCCCCGCAACCUCCAGGAAUGGCGCGACAACUUCCAAUGGCCCCCCGCCGGCUGGGACUGGGCGGAGCUCCGCCGCAUGCUCGCCUCCGCGCUGCACGCGGAAGGCUCUGCGGCCGGCCCGCUUGCCGCAUGGGCGGCGGCGGCGGCGGCGGCGGGUCUGGACUUGAACGCAUGGGGCCUGCUAGGGCUGCUGGAAGAUGGCGCGGGGGAGGGUGAGGGGCGGCGGUGCGCGGACGGGGAGGGGGACGCGGUAGAUCGGCGCUUGGCGGCGUUUCGUCCCCACGAGAACCCGCUUCUUCGCGACGCGCUGCUGAAGCAGAUGCGCGUAGUAGCCGCCGCACGAGCCGCUGGCACGCCGAUAGCUGGAGCAGAUGCAACCGUUGAUGUCUGCAUUAGCGAGUUUGAAGGCGUGCACUAUCGCGUACAGGUGGAAGAGACGGAUCCCGGCACGCUCCUCUUAUCCAUAGCGAUCCCGCAGGCAGGUCCCGAGGUGAUGACCAGCGCCGGACUGCCACGUGGCGCAAUCGAGGCCGUCCACCUCGGGUACUGGCAGAUCGCGACCGUUCUGCCGACGCCAGAACCCGGAUAUAAUCUCACGCUAGUAGUUAAUCUCGCGCGUCUCCCGGACCGCGAUUCCGCCCAGAGAGUCAUUGCCUGCAAGCUCGCGCGACUGCGCUCGUUCGUCAUGGGCGCGCCUCUGCGCGCUGCGCUGCUUCCGCUCCGCGCGGGCGGAGUGAUAGGCGUCGGCGGAGCAGCGGGCGGAAGCGACCUGGGGGAAGCUGUGGCGCGCGGAUUGGGGGCCGCGGGGGGGGAGUCGUGGGGAGGCGCGGGGAUGCUGACGAGUGUGGUGCACCGGAAGGGGCGGGUGAUGUUCGUGGUGUCGCGCGGGGCGAGUGUGACUAUAGUGAUUCCGAUGCGCUUUAAGGACAUGGACGAUGCUGUGAUCGCGACUCAGUUCCUGCUGGAGCUCGAGGCCACGCGGCGCGAGGCGGACGCGGCGGCCAGGCGCGCCGCGGCCGCCGCCGCAGCCUACGCCGCCGCCACUCUGGAAGCCGCCAAGGCGCACGCGCAGGCGCUCCUCGACCCGCGCGCGCCCCCGCCCCCGCCCCCGCCCCCUCCGCCCCCCCAAGACCCGCUCGCCCCCGUAGCAUCCGCGCCAGCGUUCUCCUUCUCGUAUGUUUGCCCGGAGGAGGUGCGGGAGGCGCCUAUUCAGUACCGGUCCGCGAAUGCUGGGUUUGCGUGCUUCCACGUGGCGAGGAGGCACUUGGAGGGGGGAAGCGGGGGAGGCGCAGGAGGCGGAGGAGGGGGCGGAGGAGGCGGGGGAGGGGGCGGAGGAUGCGGGGGGGAAGGGGGAGAAGCGGGGUGGCGGUGGGAGCGCGUGGUGUGGGGGCUGGAGAGCUUUCACGGCGUGGUGGCGAAUCAUGUGCGGUGGAGCAAGGUGGCCAUGCGCAGACGCAUGCGCGCCUGGGAAGAGCGCCUGCACCAGGUGCGCUGGGUGAAUGGGAGGGGAGAGGAGGAGAAGGGGAGGGGGGAGAAGGGGCGAGAAGGGGAGGGCGUGAGGAGAAUAGGGGAGAGGGAGGCAGUAUUUUGGAGGAUGGAGGGAGGGAGGAGGAGUGCAACGCCUUCCCCAACCACCCCCGCCUGUGAUGCGCCACUCCCCCCACAAGGAGUCCCCCUCACUCCCCCUUCCGCUGCUGGCGUGCGCGGAUGA